UUUAGCAUUGGAUGUAACAGUUGUUCAUGCAGUUUAAAAUCAAGAAUGAUAAAAUAUUUUGCGCUUGUCUGUCAUAUGAUUUCCAUCUGCUCACUAAGAAAUGUAGAAAGUUGUCAAAAUUCGCUGAAAGACGAUGGAUCAGGGGAGUGCUGUACGAACUUUUUCAGGGAUGGGAAUAUCUGUAAAGAAUGUCCACGCGGAUACUUCGGAUUUAACUGUUCUGAAAUUUGUCCUGAACUAUAUUAUGGACCCUUAUGUAGUCUGAAAUGCGGUAACUGUACAAACUGUAACCAUGUAUAUGGUUGUACACUAUCAACAGAGCCUAUUAAAUCAGAUGUGUCAAGAAAAGGAAGUUCUAACACAAGACCUGCUAUUUCUAUCAUGUCGACCAUGGCAGCAGUCCAUACAACAGAUGUACCUGAAAAUCAAAGUUCCAUCACAGUAUUGAUAGGUGGUAACAAGACUGAAAAUGAAAGUUCUAGUCUAGUAUUUUUAAAUGGUCCUCCUAAAUUGAAUAUUGCAAUAAUUAUCUAUACAAGCGGAUCACUUAUAUCUUUUAUAAUUCUACUGAUAAUUGUGAGAGAAAUACGACUUUUUUGCAAGACAUCGGCUCCUCCCACAAUUAAAAACAAGUCACACAACAGUGAUUUCGUAGAAAACAUAUUUUCUCAGGUUUCUGAUGUUAUUGAUGACAUCAUUUUACGUGAAGAGAUUGACCCAUCUAUGUUAAAUGUAAAUAGUUAUGACAAAGAUGGAGCGUCCAAAAACUCAGAGGGUGACUGUAAAGGCUGUAUUUAUAGCACUAUAUUUAGAGAGAAGGAAGAGACUGACGAACCAACAUUAUCUUUACAAACAUCUUGGUUUGAGGCCAGCAAUACUUUAGGCCUAUGUACAAAUAAGGAAAAAACAACGUUUAAAAAUGAUUAUUCUGACCAACAACAUGAAAUUGCUUUUCAUCAAUCCUCCGCAAGUGAGAAACACAGAGAAAUUUUAUCAUCAGAGUGUUUGCAAACCUCUUCAGAAUUUAACGGAAGAGAUUUAGAGAUAGCUAUGAGCGAAAGAAAUCAGGAUACUAGUCCAUUUGUCCAAUUUGUAUUGGUAAAUGAAACAACAGAAAUAACAGCUCAACUUGUCGAAAUACGUAAGUUUUUUGCAUUAAUUAUUCAAUUUAUUCUAAAUUUAAAAUAUUUUUUUCAUAUAAGGAGUAGUUCGAAGAGUAUAAACUGGUAUAAUUUUAGGCUCGAGAAAAAUGGAUCAGAAGCGUGCUGUUUUAACUUUUACAGGGAUGGGGAUAUCUGCAAAGACUGUCCACCCGGAUACUUCGGAUCUAAUUGCUCUCUUAUUUGUCCUGAACCAUAUUAUGGACACUUUUGUGGUCUAAAAUGCAGAAACUGUACAAUUUGUCAUCACAUAUACGGCUGUACACAAUCUACAGAGCAAAUUAAAUCAGACGUCCUAAGAAAAGGAAGUUCUACUAUUAGACCUGUAACUGCUAUCAAGCCGUUCUUGCCUUCAAAUAACACAUCAGAAGUAAUUGAAAGUUCCAGCAUGGUAUCUCUGUAUGGUAACAAGACUCCUCCCAAGUCUAACCUUGCAAUAAUUAUCUAUACAACAGGAUCACUAAUAUCUUUUCUUAUUCUACUGAUAAUUGUGAGAGAAAUACUUAACUUUUACAAGUUAUCAGUUUCUCCAACAAAUGAAAAGAAGCCACACAACAGUGAUGUCGAAGACAACAUAUAUUCAGAAGUUUCUGACGUUAUUGAUUGCGUAAUUUCACGUAGAGAUAUUACUUCCUCUAUGUUCAACGUAAAUAGUAAUGAACAGGAUGGCGUUUCCGAAAUCUUAGAAGGUGACAGUAAAGACUGUACUUAUAGCACUGUAUUUAGAGAGAAAGAAGAGACUGGCGAACCGAAAUUAUCUUUACAAACAUCUGGGUUAGAGGCGAGAAAUUCCUUAGACUUAUGUGCUAAUAAGGAAAACAUAACGUUUAUAAAUGAUUGCCCUGACCAACAUAAUGAAAUUAAUUUGCAUCAAAUCUCCACAAAGGAAAGCAAUGAAGAAAUCAUUUCUCCAGAGUCUUUGCAGAGCUCUACAGAAUUUAAGGGAAGAAAAAUAGAGAUAUCUAUGAGCGACUCCAGUCAGGAUACUAGACUGAGUCCAACAUUUGUCCAAUUAGUAUUGGUAAAUGAAACCACGGAGACAACACCUCGCAGCACUGUACAAUGA